GGCAGCUUCAACAACCCAAUACACAAACCCCUCCGAGUGAAGUUGCAUCUACCACGGAGUCAACCCCCUCGUCAUUGAUCUCAGACGGACAAUAUUGGAGUCAUCAUCACAAAUCUGCGAAAUACACAGACAAUGGCGCCCCACAAGGUGUUGAUGCUCGGCGCUGGCUUCGUCACGAGACCGACCCUCGAUAUUCUCUCUGAAUCGGGCAUCUCCGUGACUGUUGCUUGCAGGACUCUUGAAUCCGCCAAAUCUCUCUCGGCCGGUGUCAAGAACGCCACCCCCAUCUCGCUCGAUGUUACCAACGACCAGGCCUUGGACGCCGAGCUCGCGAAGCACGACCUUGUCAUCAGCUUGAUCCCCUACACCUUCCACGCCGCCGUCAUCAAAUCUGCCAUCCGACAAAAGAAGCAUGUCGUCACCACAAGCUACGUUUCGCCGGCUAUGAUGGAGCUCGACCAACAGUGCAAGGAUGCCGGCAUCACCGUUAUGAAUGAGAUCGGUUUGGAUCCGGGAAUUGAUCAUCUAUACGCUGUCAAGGCCAUCGAAGAAGUCCACAGAGAAGGAGGCCGCGUCACCUCCUUCUUAAGCUAUUGCGGCGGUUUGACAGCGCCAGAGAACUCUGGAAACCCGUUGGGAUACAAAUUCUCAUGGUCACCCCGCGGUGUUUUACUUGCGUUGCGAAAUCCUGCCAGCUUUUAUCAAGAUGGCAAGGUUGUCAACGUAGCAGGCCCAGAUCUAAUGGCUACUGCUAAGCCAUACCACAUCUACCCAGGAUUUGCUCUUGUUGCAUAUCCAAACAGAGAUUCCACCGGAUAUAAGGAGCGCUACAACAUCCCUGAGGCGCAGACCAUCAUCAGAGGUACUCUGCGAUACGCAGGUUUCCCAGAAUUUGUCAAGGUUCUUGUCGAUAUAGGCUUCCUCAAAGACGAGGAACAAAGCUGUUGCAAGGAACCAAUCCCUUGGAAGGAGGCCACGCAGCAGAUCCUUGCUGCUCCAUCAUCAGAUGAAAAGGACCUCAUCGCUGCUAUCUCCGCCAAGACCACUUUCAAGGACAACGAGCAACGAGAGCAUAUCUUGGCCGGCCUGAGAUGGCUUGGAAUAUUUUCGUCAGAGAAAAUUUCCCCAGGAGGAAACCCGCUGGAUACCAUUUGCGCCACUCUCGAAAAGAAGAUGCAAUAUGCCGAGGGAGAACGAGAUCUUGUGAUUCUGCAGCAUAAGUUCGGGGUUGAGUUGAAGGAUGGUACCAAGCAGACCAGACUUUCAACUCUUUGCGACUACGGUAGCACCGAACCAGGUGGUUACUCAGCAAUGGCUAAACUUGUUGGCAUUCCAUGCGCGGUUGCCGUCAAGCAAGUCUUGGAUGGAACCCUCGCUGAGAGAGGUGUUCUCGCUCCGAUGAGCAGCAAGAUCAAUGAUCCUCUGAUUGAGGAGCUCAAGAAAUACGGCAUUUCAUGCAAGGAGGAGAUCGUCGCAUAGAGCAGUAGGAAACAGGCAAUCACUAAGUAGAGCAGUAGAAACAGACUGAAUUGAAAAAGCUAAAUCACACGCUAUCUUCACCAUCUCUUCAGUUUUGCCAGCGCGAAUUUUGUUAUUCAUUGUUCACCAAUGGCAUUGCUACCUUAUGCUAGACCUACACAUUAAAAGACAAAGAAUGCCUUGCUCUUUGAUGGGUGGGACCCGGUAGGGUCCCAGGAUAGUUGAUAAGACGGUGUUAUAAGAAGCGGAAUGAAUGCUUAUUUAACGACCAAUAUUGAUUUACCUG